GUCAUUAUUCGUCAAGGAGGCGAGGGGUAAUUUGGAAAAUUUCCGUUUCCGCCGCGCCCUACCCCUCUCUCCAGCUACUGACAAUGGAGGAAGACAAGAGCAGGAUACUGGUGAUCGGAGCAACGGGCCGUCUGGGCCGAGAGCUAGUGAAAUCUAGCGUCGAUUUGGGCCAUCGAACCUUUGCUCUCAUUAGAGAGCCCACUUUCAGCGAUCCCAACAAAUCCCAACUCCUCCAAUCCUUCUCCCUCAAUGGUGUCACCCUCCUCAAGGGAUCUCUGAAUGAUUAUUCAAGUCUGCUAGAUGCUGUGAAGAGAGUGGAUGCUGUGGUAUGUGCUGUGCCGUCGAAGCAUGUGCUUGACCAGAAGCUUCUCAUUCAAGCUAUAAAAGAAGCAGGUUGCAUCAAGAGGUUUAUCCCCUCCGAAUUUGGAGCUGAUCCUGACAAAGUUCAAAUUUGCAACAUGGACUAUGGCUUCUACGAGAAAAAAGCAGAAAUCAGACGUCUUAUAGAGACCGAACAAAUUCCUUACACCUUUGUCUCUUGCAACCUUCUCAUGAGAAUUUUGCUACCGUCGCUUGUGCAACCAGGCGUGAACAGUCCUCCAAGAGACAAGCUACAAAUCUUCGGUGAUGGAAAUACCAAAGGUCUCUCCAAAGCUGUUUUUGUCAAGGAAUGUGAUGUUGCUGCAUAUACAAUUAGUACCAUAGAUGAUUCUCGAACGCUGAACAAAGUAUUAUACCUGAGACCUCCUGGUAACGUCGUAUCAAUGAAUGAAUUAGCCGAGAUGUGGGAAUCUAAAAUAGGGAAGAAGCUCGAGAAAGUCUACAUAUCCGAGCAACACCUUCUUAAGACUAUCCAAGAUACGGCAUAUCCAAGCAACAUGGAGCUGAUAUUUAUAUAUUCUAUCUUCAUAAAGGGUGAUCACACGUAUUUCAGCAUCGAGUCGUGUGGCUUGGAUGGAACCGAGCUCUAUCCGCAUGUGAAACACAUCACUGUGAGCAAGUUUUUGGAUACUCUGUUAUAGUGUAAGUCUCCGUAUCUGUUUCCUAUCGGAUACUGCAACGAUAUUGCAGCUUAGAUAUCAGUAUUGGGGAUCCUUAAGGCACAUCAUUGUUUUAGCAUUGGUAAGGAUUUUUUUUCGAUGAGUUUUAGCUCUUUCUAUGGAAAAGUGUGCAGUAACAGGGAUUAAUUCUAUCUUUUGGAGAGAUAAUUCUAUCUUU